CGGCAGUAAUGUUGCCAGCGAAGAAGAAGAGGGAGACGUAGAAGAAGAAAUCAAAGAAGAAGAAUCAAAUGCUCUAGAUUAGAAUCGAUGGACGGAAGUAUUGGGAGAGUACACAACCACAACACUUGUUUACAAGGAAGAAGCAAACAGGAUUGGUACUUUUUGACACGGUUUUCUUUGCACGGUGCCGCAUUUUGUGACACACAUACACAGAAACGGACAAGAAAAGAACGAUUUGUACUUUAAAAACAGUCAGGUGAUGGAAAUUGUCAGGAGCUAAACGAGUGCCUCAGGCAUCAUGGAGAACGAUUAUCGGCCUCUGCUGAGCUCAGAGCAGGCUGGAGAGAGCUUCUCGCACAGAGGCUCCACAGACUCACUGGAUUCCAGAGCUAAAAGACCUUUCUACGUGGAGCAUAGAAACAUCGUAGAUGAUGAACCGCAGGAGCGCGUGUCAGCCGAAGCUGCCAUUCUCAACAGCAGGGUGCAUUACUAUAGCAAAUUAACUGGAUCUUCUGACAGGCUGCUGAGUCCGCCAAACCAUGUUAUUCCACGAACAGAGGAGAUCUACAUAUACAGCCCGCUGGGAACAGCUUUUAAGAUGUCAGGAAAAGACCAUAUGGCUAAAAACCCCAGCAUUAUUACCAUAUUUGCAAUAUGGAACACAAUGAUGGGCACAUCCAUACUCAGUAUACCUUGGGGUAUAAAACAGGCUGGAUUCACUCUUGGGAUUCUCAUCCUUAUUUUCACAGGCUUACUGAUGCUCUACUGUUGUUACAUCGUCCUUAAAUCACCAAAAGCAAUACCCUAUGUGGAUACGUCUGACUGGGAAUUUCCUGAUGUUUGUCGUUACUAUUUUGGCAAGUUUGGUCAGUGGUCCAGCUUGGUCUUCUCUAUGGUGUCUCUGAUUGGAGCCAUGGUGGUGUAUUGGGUGCUCAUGUCCAAUUUCCUCUACAACACGGGGCAGUUUAUCUACAACUAUGCUCAUCAUGUUAACAUGUCAGAUUCAGACUUUGGAACCAAUGACACCGAUAAUAGAGUAAUCUGUCCUUUCCCAAACACUGACUCUGGAGGGAACCAAACUUUUGUCACACCUUACAUCAGUGCCAAUGGAAAUGAUACGUUUGAUGUCAACUCCUUUGAACACUGGUGGAGCAAAACAAAUACCGUACCAUUCUUUCUCAUCAUUCUCCUGCUGCCACUGCUUUGCUUCAAAUCAGCCUCCUUCUUUGCAAGGUUCACAUUCUUGGGCACCAUAUCAGUGAUCUACCUGAUUGUUCUAGUCACAAUUAAAGCCGCCCGCCUUGGCUUUCAUCUUGAGUUCCACUGGUUUGACAGUAACAAUUUUUAUGUUCCAGAAUUUCGACUGCUCUUCCCUCAGCUGACAGGUGUCCUCACGCUGGCUUUCUUCAUCCACAACUGUAUCAUUACACUAAUGAAGAACAACAAGCAUCAAGAGAACAAUGUACGAGACCUGUCUGUGGCUUAUCUCCUUGUUGGCUUGACAUACCUUUACGUGGGAGUGUUGAUCUUUGCUGCUUUUCCAGCUCCUCCUCUCAGUAAAGACUGCAUUGAACCAAACUUCUUAGACAAUUUCUCCAGUGGUGAUGUGAUGGUUUUUGUGGCUCGGACCUUCCUGCUGUUCCAAAUGAUCACAGUCUAUCCCUUGCUGGGAUACCUGGUGCGAGUCCAGAUGAUGGGGCAGUUGUUUGGCAAUCAUUAUCCCAGUUUCUUUCAUGUCCUCACCCUGAACGUCUUGAUUGUUGCAGCCGGCGUCCUUAUGGCAAAGUUUUACCCCAACAUCGGAUCCAUUAUUCGGUUUUCUGGAGCAACUUGUGGCUUGGCUUUAGUGUUCGUAUUCCCCUCCUUGAUCCACAUGAUCUCCUUGAGACGACAGGGUGCCCUCCGCUGGCCGUCAGCAGUGUUUCACAGUUUUCUUAUCUUGUUGGGUAUGGCCAACCUGAUGGCUCAGUUCUUCAUGUAAAAAGAACAACUUCCCUGGCAAUCUUCAAACAUGUUCUCUAAAUGGAAUGAAGGACAGUAAAGUGUAUUGUUAUUCAAGGCCACAACUAUUUCUGGUACCUUCCAGCCAGUUUCAGGUAACUUGAUUUUUCCUCCUUAGACAAGUCAAUUAUUAUGUACUGUGUUUAAGUUGUGAAUCGUAGUCAUAAACAUAAGAGGAGUCUGGGUGGGUAACAGGGGCCAUAGUUUAUAAGGGAAGCAUAUUUAAACAUUUAAUAUAUAAUUUUCUGUGGAAUCAAUGUGUAUUACCUGUAUGGCUCUACAGUUGUUUUUUAUAAUCAACAGGUCAUUCUCGUUAUGAGAAAUCCUGGUUACUGAUUAUACAACUUUGUUAGCAUGUUUUAAGCAUUUUUUUUUUUUUUUAACAGAAUGGUGCAUUUUUGAUUUUUUUAAAAAUCAUCAUCAAAUUAUUUUGGUACUAUACAUUCUGUGUUUAGUAUUUAUUGACACCCUCCUUUUUUUCAGUGCGUACAGAUAAAGGGAAAAUAAAUCUGAAAUCCAGAGAUGUCUCCUGUUGUAUUUCAAGAAUCAAAUGACAUGACACCUAGUGUAUUUCUUAAAUAUAUGGUGGAAAACACAGACAAGGCUGAAAAAGCAGUUUCUGCUCUUGCACCCCUCUUUAAAAUAAACUGUAUUUUAAGCCAAAAGAACUGUUG